AAUCUUCGUUAUGGACGGCCCCGAUUUGUUGGGCAUAUCCAAUGGCGAAGAAGUCCUCCAAGCCCAUUAUAUAUACUGAUUUCAACUCUUUCGUGAUACUUCACUUUUGCGCCUUGGUUUUUUAACAUAAAGAAGAAAACCUAUGGCGCACAAAUUUCUUGUUGAGAUUUACACGAUAGCUGCGACCGAGCGCCAAGCGACUUCGCCCGCCGCCGGGGCCGAGAACGACGAGAUUACGAUGGCUGCACAGAAGCUGAGGAACGCGGAAAUAGAAUACUGCACAGCAGCGCUGGCUGUGCUGAACAGGGAGGAGGUGACAGUGCAGAAUGUGAGGCAGGUAGAAGCCCUCCGAACGCUCUUCGACAAAUUCCCUGGUCCGUACAUCCUUCGGAAAGUGAGGAUUCAGCCUCCUCCUCAAUCUUCUGAAGCCGAGGUGGAGGAGGAAGAAGCGCUGCUGAAUGAAAUCAGAGCGGCACUUACAGACUCCGAUUUCCAGCACAUUCACGGGAACACCUACUGGAUUCCGGGCGCCGGCGCAGAGGAGUGAGAGAAGAGAGGGAAGGAAGAAGAAGGACGUUGAUGGAUGUGGCUUGCGGUAUAGCUUUUAGGUUGUAAUUUUACUUAGCCCUAAUUACUCUUAAGAGUGACA